AUGACGACAGAGACGGGCCCAGACUCAGAGGUGAAGAAUGCCCAGGAGGAGCCCCCACAGCAGCAGCUGGAGGCAGCGGCAACCAGCCCAACCACGGUGACCACCGGCCCUGGCCCGACGGCCAACAACCGGGAAGCUGAGGCCAACGAGAAGCCCAGAGCCCAGGCCGACUCCAGAAGUGCGGAGCCGGGCAUGGAUUUGGAGGAGAAGGACUACAGUGAAACAGACGGGCUGUCUGAGAAAACCACGCCCAGCAAGACCCAGAAAUCCCCCCAGAAAAUUGCCAAGAAGCUCAAGAGCGCCAUCUGCAGGGUGACCCUACUCGACGCCUCUGAGUAUGAGUGUGAAGUGGAGAAACAUGCCCGGGGCCAGGUGCUCUUCGACAUGGUGUGUGAGCACCUCAACCUCCUGGAGAAGGAUUACUUCGGCCUGACGUUCUGCGACUCUGACAGCCAGAAGAACUGGCUGGACCCUUCCAAGGAAAUCAAAAAGCAGAUCCGCAGUGGCCCCUGGAACUUUGCCUUCACUGUUAAAUUCUACCCACCCGACCCUGCCCAGCUCACAGAGGACAUCACAAGAUACUACCUGUGUCUGCAGCUGCGGGCUGACAUCAUCACGGGCCGCUUGCCGUGCUCCUUUGUCACGCACGCCCUGCUGGGCUCCUACGCCGUGCAGGCUGAGCUGGGAGACUACGACGCUGAGGAGCACGUCGGCAACUACGUCAGCGAGCUGCACUUCGCACCCAACCAGACCAGAGAGCUGGAGGAGCGCAUCAUGGAGCUGCACAAGACCUACAGGGGCAUGACGCCGGGCGAAGCGGAGAUCCACUUCCUGGAGAAUGCCAAGAAGCUCUCCAUGUACGGCGUCGACCUGCACCACGCCAAGGACUCAGAAGGUAUCGACAUCAUGCUGGGCGUCUGUGCCAACGGCCUGCUGAUCUACAGGGACAGGCUGAGGAUAAACCGCUUUGCCUGGCCCAAGAUCCUCAAGAUUUCCUACAAGAGGAGCAACUUCUACAUCAAAAUCCGCCCCGGCGAGUACGAGCAGUUCGAGAGCACCAUUGGCUUCAAGCUGCCCAACCACCGCUCUGCCAAGAGGCUCUGGAAGGUCUGCAUUGAGCACCACACCUUCUUCAGGCUGGUGUCCCCAGAGCCGCCCCCAAAGGGCUUCCUGGUGAUGGGCUCUAAGUUCCGCUACAGCGGGCGGACGCAGGCCCAGACCCGCCAGGCCAGUGCCCUGAUCGACCGGCCCGCGCCCUUCUUCGAGCGCUCCUCCAGCAAACGGUACACCAUGUCUCGCAGCCUCGAUGGAGAGUUCUCGCGCCCGGUCUCCGUCAGCGAGAACCACGACGGAGGGGUGGAAUCCGAGAGGCGGGACGAGGACAGCGAGUACGGCGGGUGGCGACGCUCCGAGGCAGAGGAUGAGGUUGAGGAAGUGACGACCCCGACGAAAAUCAAGGAGCUGAAGCCGGAGCAGGAAACCACCCCCAGGCACAAGCAGGAGUUUUUAGACAAACCAGAAGACGUUUUGCUAAAGCACCAGGCCAGCAUCAAUGAGCUGAAGAGGACACUGAAGGAGCCCAACAGCAAGCUGGUUCACAGGGACCGGGACAGGAGGCUGCCUUCAUCACCAGCCUCUUCCUCACCCAAGAAUGAGGAUGAGACACCAAAGGGGACCCCGGAGAAGGCCAGUGAGAGGAUUGAAGAGGAUUCCCUAGAGGAGUUUUCAGCUGAGCACGGAGCUGCCUUAUCCAUGGAGUCUUUCACCCAGAAAAGCCUUGCCUCUUCUCCUGAGAGCAAAUCUCAGGAACCAAUUUGGGAAGAAAAGGAUUUAUCUGACCCAUCAGUAAAAGCCGCCCCGAAAGAAGAGGGUUUAAGGACUGCUAUUCCAGUGGUCUCCCAGAGAGCGGGAGCGAGGGAGGGCGCAGAGGAGAAAGCGAAGCCACCUCGGCACAGGGCUCCUGAGAGCGACACUGGGGAUGAGGAGCAAGACCAGGAGAGGGAUUCAGUCUUUCUGAAGGACAACCAUCUGGCCAUCGAGCGAAAGUGCUCGAGCAUCACGGUCAGCUCGACCUCCAGCCUGGAAGCCGAGGUAGACUUCACUAUGAUCGGCGACUUCCACAGCACAGCCUUUGAAGACUUCUCUAGAAGUCUGCCUGAGCUCGAUAAAGACAUGAGUGAGAGGGAAGCUGAAGGUGCGAUUUCCUCCCAGGAUACUGACAAAGCAGCUCCUGGCCAAGAAGAAGAUGCCAAGGAAGGGGAGCAGGGCUCCCACCAUAUCCCAGAAGUGUCCCACUUUGAGUCAUCCGUUCUGAAAACAGAGGCUGUGACUGUCAGCUCGGUGACUGGCACGAAGAAGGCGGAACCAGAGGUCUCCGUGCACCACAGAGUCACCACGGCGGAAACAACACAGGUCGACAGAGGCACCACGGGCGGAAAAGAGACAACAGCCACGUCCCACAUCGUCACCACAGAAAGCAUAUCAGUGACCUCAGAUCACAGUACCAAGCCUGGGAAGGGAAUGAGCCCCGCUACCGAACUUCGCUCCAUAUCUCCGAUCACCAGCAGCUCUGCUGGGAAGGAAGUUCUCACCAGCAUAUUUGGUGCCACUGCAGAAACCCUCUCCACCUCCACCACUACCCACGUUACCAAGACUGUGAAAGGAGGGUUUGCAGAGACCAGAAUAGAGAAGCGGAUCAUUAUUACGGGAGAUGAAGAUGUGGAUCAAGACCAGGCAUUAGCUUUGGCAAUCAAAGAGGCAAAACUACAGCACCCUGACAUGCUGGUAACCAAAGCUGUGGUAUAUAGAGAAACAGAACCAUCUCCAGAGGAAAGGGACAAGAAACCUCAGGGCUGGAGGUUGGAAUUUUGA